UUUGCCUUGAAAAGAAACAAAGAUGAGUCGAGAGAAGUCUGGAAUGUUAGGUCAAAGAAACAUGUAGAUUACUUUAUAUUCUCAUGGCUCGACGAAUCACGAACUUUCCACUUAACCCGUCUUAUCUUUUUCUCAAACGAAUACGGGUCGGGUCGUAAUUUCAAUCGCAAAUUAUAUAGAGAGGCAGUUUUUUUCUCUCCUCAAUUUCCUCACGUAGAAGUAAACCUACCAAACUUUGAGGCUCAAAGGCGGUGUGAGAAAUAGUUUGUUGAAGUUCAAUAAUUUUGAGAGAUGUGGAAUCGGGCUUACCGGAAAGAUGACGUGGAAUUCGGCACUGCGCCGUUGUAUCCGGCAAUGUUGGAAAGUCCUGAACUCCGGUGGUCUUUUAUUCGAAAAGUAUACUCGAUUAUUUCUAUUCAGUUGCUUCUGACCAUUGCUGUCGCCUCCGUAGUCGUCACAGUUCAUCCCAUUUCACUCUUCUUUGCAACCACAAAUGCUGGAUUAGCACUUUAUAUUGUUCUCAUCAUCACUCCAUUUAUCACGUUGUGUCCGUUGUAUUACUAUCACCAGAAACAUCCGGUUAACUACUUGCUUCUUGGAUUGUUCACGGUUUCUCUUGCAUUUACUAUCGGAUUGACUUGCGCAUUCACCAGCGGCAAAGUAAUUCUGGAGGCAGUCAUACUGACAACAGCGGUGGUGAUUAGUCUGACAUUAUACACCUUCUGGGCAGCUAAAAGAGGCCAAGAUUUCAACUUCCUGGGACCUUUCUUGUUCGGUGCUCUUAUUGUUCUUUUGUUGUUUUCCUUCAUCCAGAUUCUUUUCCCUCUGGGUAAGAUCUCAGUGAUGAUCUAUGGCUGUCUGGCGUCAAUCAUAUUCUGUGGAUACAUCAUCUACGAUACAGACAAUCUAAUCAAGCGCUACACUUACGAUGAGUACAUCUGGGCUUCUAUAUCCUUGUAUCUCGACGUUAUCAAUUUGUUCCUCUCUCUAUUGUCCAUCUUCAGGGCUGCUGACAGUUAAAGAAUUAAAGAGAAGAGGAAUAGCUAUACUAAUUUCUCUCUCUUCAUUUGCAUGCUAAUCAUUGUAUUUUCUUUUCCUAGUUUCCUUUUUUUCUCUUUUGUUAUGGAUGGGUUUGCUUAUUGGUAAUUGUAUACUUGUAUAGAACGUUUUCUUAGUGAGCUGAUUUUGGCAAAGA